AUGUUUUUGAGAAUUUUUAAUCGUUGUGCUUCGACAGCAACUGCUAGUCGUCCAACAAGUUUUACAUUCCCUCAACGUCUUAAUCGUUCACCAACAGCAAUACUUGAAUCAUUAAAUUCAUGUGUUCAAACUGAUGGUGGAAAUCCAGCAUAUAUCUUUAUGGAUGAUCCAUUUCUAAUACCAACAUCAGGACAUGAAAAACGACAAUUAGCAUUAUCAAAAGCUUCAGGUAAAAAAGCGGCUCGAUGGAUUAUUGAUCGAUAUUCUUAUGCAUUUUUUCAUGAUGUUGCUGCACCAUCAAUACCAUCAUAUUUCCCAAGUUAUACAUUUGAUGAAAAAGAAUUUAUUGAACCAGAUGAAACAACUCUAUAUAAAUUAAUGAAUUGGAAUAAAAUUACAAAAGCAUAUGAAAUAUAUAAAAAAUGUUUAGAGAAUAAUGUUGAUAUAUCAACUACAUGCAAAUAUGCAUUAUUUGAUUUAUUAUGUAUUUAUAAUAGUGAAAAUCCAAUGGAUACUUUACCACCAGAAGAAGAUUGGUAUAGAAGAGAAUUAAAUGAAACAAACCAAUCAGGUAAUAAUAAACUUCAAAAAUUUGUAUACUGA